GGGAAGAAUUUCAACCGACCAUCAAGUUGCUCUUAUGCUGAUGCAAGUCGUAUGGGUGAGCAACCGGCUGUGCAACGCUAGUACAUGUGAAGAUGACAGACUAUCAAGGAGAUGCUGCGAAGAGUCCACUGGAACUCUUUGAAAAACUUACAGAACAGGGUGAUAAAGUCAGGAGCCUAAAAUCGGCUAAAGCUGAGAAGGCUGAAAUUGAUGCUGCGGUCCAGUUAUUGGUCAAAUUGAAAGUGGACUACAAAAAGGUGACGGGCCAAGACUACAAAGCAGGAUGUCCGCCGUCCAAAAAUUCACUUAGCUCAGAAAACGGUCUGGCAGCAGAUGGCAACAAUGAUGAGGGUGAUGAUGAAGUUAACCCCUGGAGUGUCUCCACCAACAACGCGAAAGGCGUCGAUUAUGACAAACUGAUUGUGCGCUUUGGCAGCAGUAAAAUCGACCAAGAGCUGGUGGACAGAAUAGAGAAAGUGACAGGGCAAAAACCUCACCACUUUCUUCGUCGAGGAAUCUUCUUUUCACACAGAGACAUGCAUCAAGUGCUCGACACGUAUGAGAAGCACAAGUCCUUCUUCUUGUACACUGGCAGAGGUCCAUCAUCACAAGCCAUGCACGUUGGCCACCUCAUCCCCUUUAUCUUCACCAAAUGGCUGCAAGACGUGUUCGACAUCCCCCUGGUGGUCCAAAUGACGGACGAUGAGAAGUACCUGUGGAAAGACCUGACGCUGGAGCAGUGCCACCAGUUCGCCGUGGAGAACGCCAAGGACAUCAUCGCCUGCGGUUUCGACGUCAACAAGACCUUCAUCUUCUCCGACCUCGACUACAUGGGUGCGUCACCGCAAUUCUACCGGAAUGUAGUGAAGAUCCAAAAGCAUGUGACGUUCAACCAGGUCAAAGGCAUCUUUGGCUUCACAGAUAGCGACUGCAUUGGAAAGAUCAGCUUCCCGGCCAUCCAGGCGGCCCCUUCCUUCAGUAACUCUUUCCCACACAUCUUUGGGGACAAAAAGGACAUUCAGUGUCUCAUCCCCUGUGCCAUAGACCAGGACCCUUACUUCCGAAUGACCCGCGACGUGGCCCCACGGAUCGGCUACCCCAAGCCGGCCCUGUUGCACUCCACUUUCUUCCCCGCCCUGCAGGGGGCCCAGACCAAGAUGAGUGCCAGCGAUGCCAAUUCGUCCAUCUUUCUCACAGACACGGCCAAACAGAUUAAGAACAAGAUCAACAAGUAUGCAUUUUCCGGGGGGAAAGACACGGUGGAGGAGCACCGGAAGUAUGGGGGCAACGUAGACGUGGACGUCUCCUUCAUGUACUUGACCUUCUUCUUGGAAGACGACGAGAAGCUGGAGAAGAUCAGACAGGACUACACAAGCGGCGCUCUUCUAACAGGAGAACUGAAGAAGACAUUGAUCGAAACCCUGCAACCAAUCAUCGCCGAGCAUCAGGAGCGACGCAAGCAAGUUACGGACGAGACAGUCAAGCGGUUUAUGACACCCCGGCCUUUGAAUUUUAACGUCUAGCUCACUUGAUGAAAGAAUAAAAAAAAACUGCAUCUUGAUCAAAACUCAUGUCAUUGUAAGGGGAAAGGAACACAGAGUGGUUUCUAUCUGGGCUUGGGAAAACGUGCCCACACUACAUCUCCAUGUUCAAUUUAAAACUGGAAAAGGUGGCUAUAAAGUGUUCACUGAAGUAACCGCUCACUCAACUUUGUUUUUAAUGGGACAGUACAGUAUUGUUGUAUUAUUUAUAAAACCUAGAAAAUGUUUGAGCAUUGGGUUCACCCAAAAUCAAAUCUCACUUAAUUCUUUUUUGGGUGUGCUGUAGAUCAAUGUCUGGCUUUUUUUCUCGGGCACUGAAUCAUCUAAUCAAUGGGAUUUAGUUCAACAAUGUAGGUAGGUCUGUAUUGUUUUGUUGACGUUAAUGGUUAUGCAAUGACACUGUAUGGAGAAAAAAAACGGACGCAUCAACAAGUGUCAGGAUUUACAUUUAACGACAAAACAAUUGUGAUCAUAGACAUUUGAAUACACCACCGCAGGAAAACAGCUUUAAAUGAUUAUAAUAAAGAUGGCAGAAAUGCA